CUGAUCGUGCUGCCCCCCGGGGAGGAGUGGCGCGGCUACGUCAGUGAGAUCGAGCGCUUUCUGAACACCUUUUCCAGCAGUUCCUCUGGCGUCAUUCGCGCCGCUCAGGGGCUCCUGUCAGGCGAGGAGGCUCCCAAGAGGUGCAAGUUGCUGGGCGACCUGAUUCACAAUCUCAGUGAAAAUAUUUCUGCAGAAAGCAGAAAGGAAGACGAGACGUGGUUCGAAGGGGUUGAAUCUCGGUUUAAGACCAAGUCCAGCUAUAUGCGCCAUAGUUGUGAGAGCAGAAUCCGUGGAUACAUGAAAGAGGUCGGGGCUUACGCUUCUGCUGUCCCUCCCGCCCUCCGAACAAAAUUCAGUGGGAUUGUAGAAGCAAUGCUGGGGAAACUGAAGUUGGAAAAAUACAAUGGUUUUUACUUUGACCGGCGGGAGGAGAAAAAGCUCUGCCUUUGCACGCCAGAAGGCUGGUUCUCUUGCCAAGGCUCUUUUGACACAGAAAACUGCUCCUGGAGACACUCCAUUAACCCCUAUGGGAACAAAGAAAGCCGAAUCCUCUUCAGCACAUGGAAUCUCGAUCACGUAAUUGAGAAGAAACGGGCGAUCCUCCCGACGUUAGUAGACGCCAUUAAAGACUGUGACGGAAAGGAAAUCAGCUGGGAAUAUUUUUACCAGCUCUUGUUCACCAUUGACAAUUUGAAGCUCGUGCACAUCGUCUGCCACAAGAAAACGGUCCACAACUUCGGCUGCGACAAAAGAAAGAUCUACUGUAAACGAAAACGCCUCCGCAAGGUCUGAAGGGGAGGCCUCUUUGCAGCCGGUUCCCGAGGCACCGGGUUCAAAUGAUGUUAGAAACAAAACAAAAAGAUGCAAUACUUUCCAAGGAAUAGGACAGGGCUUUGGGUUUCCCUGGCAUAGGGAGCUAGUUGCUGGGGCCCGCACCAUCUCUCAGAUCAAAUCAGAUUUUUAGUCCUUUGAAAGCCGAGCGCAGAACUGGAGGCUGGGCCCUGCCCGUUUCUCAAGGCCAGGGUCCUUUUGCCAUUAGCACAGCGGAAGACGUUUUGAGAACUUUGGGGGAAAUGCCGAUGUUGAGGCUGCUACAAGGCAGUAGAGCUGAGCUUGGGCCGGCAGCUGCUUGGGGUGAUGGACUUGGGAGAGAGGACCCUGAGCUGGUGUCUACACAUACAGAAGGUGCCCAAGUUGACCUCAUAUAGAACUUGGCCUCAGAGGGCCACUUUUGUGAUUUAAAUGGUGCAAAAGCUUGUUUUUAUUCCAUUCCAAUUUUUUUUUUAACAAACUGAAUUACGGUGAAUAUUGCUGCCUGCCUGUUUUCCCCUUCCGUUCAUUAAAGGCUGCAACCUGGUAGCCCGUUUUGGAAAUCUGUUAAAACCCCACACAAGCUGGAAUCUUGGCACAGACGAAUUUAAUUGCGGGGUCCAACGGAUUGUGCAAACCCAGAAAACCCGGGUUCAGCAAGUUGCAGCCAGUGAUACCAGCUUGCCCUGUUGGAGAAAUCCUACCGGGAUUCAAACAAUAGCUUCCGAUAUCAUGUCAGCUGGGAAACAUAAGGUGUUGGAGCUUCGCUUAAUUUUUUCAAAAAGGGGCUGGAGGCCAUUUUGAGUAUUUUGAUUAUCAUUAAGCCCUGUUCUUGGGGGUCGCCAUCCCUUACUGCAGGAAACUGAAGGUCAUCCAUCUUUGGACCUGCUCCUGGAUUAAAGUGCCCGCGCGUUGAACUCUUUAGCCUGCCAGCUAGUUUAUAUUUUAUAAAUAAAUUUUAUUUUGUAAUUUUGGCAUUACUGAUCUAGCUGCACCAACUCAGCCCUCAGGGAUCAUGAUUAUUUGGUUUUAAUAAUAAAGCUUUAUUAUUAUUAUGAACCCAGAGUCACUUUUUCUUGAGACGGGCGGUAUCUAAAUUUGAAAUAUAAAUAAAUAAAGGUGGUCCCUGAGGGCAGCGGGAAGCUAAAUAAUGUGAAAUCUUGUAGCUAAUAAAACUCUGAAUGCUGAUAGCAGAAAUACAAUUUCUUGAGCUCUGAAAUGGGUCCCAUCUUUUUAUUCAUAUUUAAGGGCAGACUUAAUCCAAACUGGAAGAGGGGGGAGACACACAUGCGACAUCUGCCAUCUUUCUUUUUUUGACCCCCCCCCAAUAACACUGUUCACACAACAUACUAAAGUAUGUUUUACUGUGCAAUCCACAGCUACCCAGGUUCACAAGCCAUAAACCCUGAUGUUAUAAUGAUCUUGACUGGCUUCACACAGGAUGCCAAGCCACAUAGUUUGUGGGGGGGCACUCAAGCCAUUAGGUCUUAUUUAGUAUACUCAUAUCACUGAACCUAAGUUGAUAGGACUAACAGGACAGACUCGGACUCAAACGUGCACUAGAGUGAGCUAGCAAGAUAUCCCUGUUAUAGGUAGUCCUCACUUAAUGACCAUUUGUUUAACAGUAGUUCGAAGUUAUGACAGCCUCAGACAAAGUUACGACUUGUACUUGCACUUACGACAGUCGCAAAGUGUUGUACCACCCCCAGCGUCACAUGAUCGCGAUUUGCAACCUUUUUUGUGAUGGUCGUUAAGUGAAUCAUGUGGCUGUUAGGUGAAUU